AUGAAUUUUGAGAAUUUAACUAAAGAAAUAAAAGAAAAGCUUGAAAAAAGCCUCGUGAAAAGCGAAAAUAAUGUAUCCAUAGAAGAGAAUUGGAUCAUUAACAAUAUUCUUAAUCUAUUUGAAGAAUACCCUUCAGGCAUUACAUGGGCUAUCUUACUGAAUGAGCUUGAGCUAACGUGCACCGAGCGAUUGUAUCAUGAAGAUCGAUUUUCAACUCUGGAGUCUGUCAAAGACUCUGAAUUUGACGUCCAGUUCGAAAAUAGUUUUGAGCUAGAGUGCGCUGAUUAUUAUUAUCAUCCUCUUCCUACUUUACAAUUAAAGGACAGAAGGAAAAAUACCUGCGAUUUGAUGUUGCACUCGUCCUACUACUUGCUAUUUCAUAGUCCAUUUGAUAUACUGAAACGCUCUAUUGUUCGGUUUUCGAGGGCAAACUUACACCCAAAAUGGUUUUUGAGGAGAAAACUGCAAUUCUUACCUACGACUUAUUUCCUACCCACCCUUGGUACUGAUCCAUUUUUUUCAUUGAUGCAAACAGUAUUAGAAUUAAAGGAUCAUGGGGUUUUCUUGAUUUUGGACAUAAGUCUAGCCGAACAAAAUGGAGAUGAAGUACGAUCGGUUUUUCUUCGACCAGUCGACAAAGUUUUUGGAACAAAAGAAGAGUUACUUACUGAUUCUUCGGAUCAGCUUACCUUAGAGUUUAGGGGAAAUUUUGUCGAUUUUCCUAACUUGUUGGAUUGUGGGCAGUAUUUCAUCCUGCCGUAUUGGAAUACAUUUUGGGAAAAGACAACGCAGUGGCAGGAAGGAAUGAUUGCAAUUAUGUCUUCCAUAGAGGAACCUGAACAAGAUGACACUGAUGAGCACGUUUGGAUAACUGGUCGUGUUGUAUCAGUUUACCCUGGCCUCAUAAGUCUUGAUUGUUCAAAUGGACCCAAGGAAAUUAAGCUAUCUACAGAAAAAUUUGUUCAAAACAUCGUACCUGGGGAGCAGAUAGUCGCAACUUUGUUAAAACGGGAUUCCAAUUGCAAAGAAAAAUACACGGUUUCUUUGGACUCAAAUCUCAUAUCAAUAUCGCAGCUAAAUUGUCCAUUAAAUUCAAGUUGUUUAAGGAAUGAUUUGAAAAGUCUAAAAAACUUACGUCCACAUACUCAAGGUCAUAUCAAAGUUUUACCUCUGCAGCUCGAUGUCUUUUCUAUGCCUUCGCCGUCUGUAGAAUCAACAAGCAAUAAGCGCGAUUUAUCUUUUCGGAUACUCGUGAUGGACCAGUUUAAUGACAAGAUUUCGGCCUCUUUACAUCCAAGAGCUACGGAAUACCAACAGACGGAUAUUUCUGGCUUUUUGGAAUAUAAUGAAAAAGAUAAUAAUGGCCAGCAUAUUCAAACAAUCAACCUUGCGGAUGUAUAUCCUUCACAAGUUUGGUGCGAUAUGUACAUGAAUCAUGAAAAUACGAUUAGUAUACAGAAACUUUCAUUUGUGUAA